AUGGGGCUGCUGCCCUUCAACGGCGCUUGGUCCGGAGGAGACGCACAGCUAGUUUCAAUGAACAUGGCUUUGGAGGAAGUGAACACCAGAGAAGAUAUAUUACCAGGAUACCGUCUGCAGUUAAUCUAUAAUGACACAGAGUGUAAUGUUGCAACUGGAGUGAACCAAAUGUUCCAGAUGCUCUACACUCCACCAAUCAAAAUCAUGAUUCUGGGAGCCGGUUGCUCAUUCGUCAGCGAGGCAACUGCGCAGACAUCACACCAGUGGAACCUUAAUCAGUUGUCAUAUGCAUCGGUAUCUCCUUCUCUGUCUGACAAAACUCGGUUUCCACGAUUUCUACGCAUGUCCACGCCAGAGACAGCGCACAAUCCAGCUCGGGUGAAAAUCUUAGAAUCUUUUAAGUGGAAAAAAGUAGCAAGCAUUCAUCAAUCUUUGGAACUGUUUGCUAAACUGACAGAAAAUUUAUUGGAGCGACUACAGACCGCUAACAUAACCAUCCUGACAUCAGAAAUUUUCGUAUAUGACCCAGCAGUACACGUCAGACAUCUUAAGGAAUUAGAUGCAAGAAUCAUAUUCGGAAAUUUCUAUGUUGAUGUUGCUCGAAGAGUUUUCUGCGAGGCAUAUAAGCAAGGUCUGUACGGUGCUAAACAUGUGUGGAUAAUUCAAGGAUGGUACGAAGCAGACUGGUGGAAAAUAAAGGACGAGAACAUUGUGUGCACGGUAGAUCAACUAUCUGAAGCAGUGAAGGGAUACCUCACGACUGAUACGUUUUAUUUGGAUCCAGAUAACAGCAUGGGUAUUUCAGGAAUGACUCCCGACGAUUACCAAACGGAGUUCAAUAUUCGUGGGGGAGAAGAGACUUAUGCCAGUCGGCUCGCACCACAGGGAUACGACGCAGUAUGGGCUGCAGCAUUAGCGUUGAACGCGACGGCAGAGGAUCUGGCAGAAACAGGAGAAUCAUUAGGUGAGUUUACUUAUGAUGACGAAUACAUAGCUGACAUGAUACUCAAUAACAUUAGGAGCUUAGAAUUCCAAGGAAUCAAGGGCCCGGUCUCAUUCGAUGAAAAUGGCGAUCCUCGGUCAGUUUCAAAAAUAUUACAACUGCAAGACGGCAAACGAAUAACAGUGGGCAUAGCUAGGCCAUCUGAAGAAAUCCGUUGGCUUCAGGACUCGCCUAUAAUAUGGGAAGCAGGACGACCACCUGUCGAUGGAAAGAAAGUUACAAUACUUCCUGUACGCAUUACGUUAUCGCUGUACGUACCAAUGUGUGUUUUAUCCGGAGUGGGGAUUAUGUUAGCGAUGGCGCUGUUAUCAUUCAAUGUACUUAAUCGCGAAAACAGGACGAUAAAGCUGUCUUCUCCUAAUCUAAAUAACGUCAUACUGGUGGGAUGUCUUUUGACGUAUACAUCGGUUUUUAUCAACGAUUUCGAAACGAAUUCUUUGCUCCCGUUGCACUUGGUGUGUAAGCUUAACGCCGUGUUCCUGUUAUUGGGCUUCACCCUUGCUUUCGGGGCAAUGUUUUCCAAGACAUGGAGAGUGUAUAGAAUAUUUACCAAGGGAACAGUAAAGAAAUUAGUUGUCAGAGAUGCUCAACUCAUCGGAUCAGUGUUGCUACUUCUUUUACUAGAUGCUAUCAUUAUAGUGCUAUGGGAAAUUUUGGAUCCUGUAGUGAAAAUUACAAUAGAACUACCAGAAGAGCAAAUCAACGAUGAAGACGAAGUGAUACAACCCAAAUUAGACGUAUGCACGUCCCAGUACAUGGGUUAUUGGAUGGGGGUGAUAUUUGCCACCAAAGGUAUAAUGUUGCUGCUGGGCGCCUUCCUGGCGUGGGAGACCAGAAAGGUGAAAAUACCAGCCCUCAACGACUCUCAGUAUAUAGGGAUGAGUCUGUACAACGUGGUCAUACUCUGUGGCAUCGGCGCUCCAAUGUCACUAAUUCUAAAAUAUCAACCACAUGUAUCUUUUGGUAUGACAUCAGCAUUGGUUAUUUUGGGAACUACAGUCACACAGUGUCUAGUAUUUAUACCAAAGGUUUUGAAUUUAAAGGAUAACAAAGUUCAGUCGGAUACUCGUACAAUGUUUACUACCAUGGACAACCAUAAACCUUCGCCUUCUUCGAUAGCGACAACGUAG